GGAAGGUUAAUGUUCCGUAAUUUGUUUGCGCUAGUUUCACUUUGAACUAGUUUUGUGAUAAUAGUGCUGUUUUUGAGUGGGCACUUAUUGUUUCUCCGUUCUGCAACAUCUUAUAGACAGUGUUAUCAUUAAAAGCAUACUCGUAUUUCGAUGAGCCGACUAAAUAUCUCUAGCCCUAAUUUUAGAAGGACUUAAGAUUUCGAACGUUAUUAUCACAGAUGGCAAACAAUGAAGCCGAAAAUGGAGGGUUACAGAAAAGAAGACAUCCUGCACAACUGUUUCGACAAAUGGAACAAGAUGAAGUAGCUUUCCCACAGACUUCUUGUAAUGAGAGAGAAGAGUGUAACCUGAAAGUUCCUGUGUCUGCCAAUCACAGCCAUCUUACAACAAGACCAAACAGCCAUGCACCAAGCGAUGUACAAACAGUUACCGAGUCCAUCGACAAGCCCAUUUCUCAUUCACCAGUAGCAGCUGUCAAGCAACACUAUGGUAACCACCCUCAUUUCCCACCACCUCAAGAUAGCCGAGCCAGCAGUAGUACUGGUAGUGCAACAACGGGAGGUACCAGUGUAAAUAGUCAAAGCAGUGGUGGUAAGAACGGUAGCAGUGGUAGUGAUAAAUCUAGGCUGUCUUGUUCAAGUGCAUUUAAUAAAGGGACCAUAUGUGGUAGCAGUGCUUCGUCAUCGACUGAAGAAACUGAAGCGCGUGAAAAACGCUUUGGUAGUGUAGAUUUACAUCCUUUGCCUAGCGUCGCAUUAACGGCUAUAAUGAAUCAGGCAAUGCGUCGUAGUUUAUAUGCUGAAUCUUCAGUUCAAAAUGCUGAACAACUUCAGUAUGCUACAUUACUAGCAGCUCAUAAAAAUUAUGGAGACUCUUCAGGUCCAAAUGAUAUAAAAAUGAACACAACACCUGUUCCAACACCUAAAAACGACUUCGUUAAUCUCUUAUCACAAACACCAGCACAUGCCAAUAUGAACUCUGUGUCACCUUCUGUUCACAGUACGUCUAUUAAGAUCGAUUUAUCCAAGUUUAGUCAAAAUUUGCUAUCGCAGAUUAUCCCUUCUAAUUUAUGGCCACGACUGAUUUGUCCAAUUCAUGGUGAUAAUUUAUUGGCUCAAUUUUCUCAAACUUUAUGCAAAAGAAAAAAUGAUAUCAGUGAAACAGACAGUGAACAACAAAUGUCGAAUUUCCCAGUUCUACCUACAAAAAAUGAACAAUCACUUAUGAAUAUCACAUCUUCAUCAACCUUAGAAGAGUCUAAACAAGAUUACAAUAAUAAUCACAUUUCAAAACAAGCAAUAAAUGCGACAAUAACUCCUCCGGUGCCCGGAACAAGUGAUUAUGGGAUGCCAACAGUGGGGUAUUCUAAUAACGUAUCUGAAUCAAAUAACAAUAACACUGUUCAGCCAAAUGGUCCUCAACGUAUCGGACCAUAUUAUUUAGGUCCCACACUUGGUCGGGGUAAUUUUGCUGUGGUGAAAUUAGGCAAACAUUCUCAAUUAUCUGUAAAGGUCGCCAUCAAAAUUAUGAACAAAGAUUUGAUUGGUUCUAAAAACCUUGGCAAAGUCUCACGAGAACUUGAAGCUAUGAAACGUUGUCAACAUCCACAUAUUAUCCGUUUAUAUCAUGUUAUGGAAACAGAAUCAAAUAUUUUUAUGGUUACUGAAUACGCUAGUAAAGGAGAGGUAUUCGAUCAUAUAAGUCUAUCUCAUGCAUUUACGGAGAAAGAAGCUAGAGAAUUAUUUUGGCAAAUUGUUUGUGCAAUCGAAUUCUGUCAUGCUUCAGGUAUUGUACAUCGAGAUUUAAAAGCAGAAAAUCUUUUAUUAGACGCUGAUUUCAAAAUUAAAGUUGCCGAUUUUGGAUUUUGCAAUUUUUUUCAAAACGAUCAAUUAUUAUCUACACAUUGUGGAAGUCCUCAAUAUGCUGCACCGGAAUUAUUUAAAGGUGAACCAUACGAUGGAACAUUGGCCGAUGUAUGGGUACGUUGCGAAUUUCAUAAUACGUAGAAUAUUUGUCUUAUAUGGCUUAUCAAAGAUUAUCAAUUCAAUAUUCAUGAAUAUGUAAUAAAUUAUUUCACUGAACAUCAUUUCCAUCGACUGAGGUGGUUCCAAUGGGUUGUUUAUGCUUAAACAAAGUCUAGCUUGACACCUAAUCUAACUGAAAUAUGUGCAUGUCGAAAAACAUCGAAGCUUGAUCGCACAAAAACGAGACAUAAACUAUCAGUAAUUAACUGUCGACCUGAGCUGUUUGUAUCACCAAAGGUUCUUUUUGAGACCUGCACAGUGAUUGUAAUAUAUGAUUGAAGACUGUGAGAGAUAUGACCUAAAGUUCACUCUAAGACGUAAUUCCAUUCAUUCCUUAUCUUCUUUUAGAUCUUAUGUUCAGUAUCAUUCUGUUUAUUACAGUCUUCCACAUCAUUUCCCCAUUUUGAACCACAUCCCAUAUACAAGACAUUCUACCAAAUUCGACGUUAAUUUCUCUUCCCUAAUAUUCAUUUAACUGAUUUACUUUCAAAUUAACGGUAAUCGAUGACUAUCAUUGACUAUAUGAAACAAAUGUUUUUGGAAAACAUUUAUUUUAGUGGUAAAUAGUUAUUUCCCAGUAUCUUAAGCAAAACAUUUUAAACGUCCUCGUCUAUCUAUAAUUUCACUCAGACAAGCGUUUAAAUAGGUAAAAUGAACCCUGCCAACAUCUAUUGUUUGUACUAUGUUAAUACAUAAUUAAAUUAACAGGAAGCAAAAGAAUUCGAAUUGAAAUAAUGAAAUGGAUACAAUCAAUGCAGCACAAUAAAAUAAAUGACAAAUGAGAAGGUUAGUAAUUGGGUAACUAAUUUCUUCUUUUAAGAAACGUACUUUGAAGGAGUGAUAACCUCCUUGUUACAGUGUUAUGUUUUUCUAGUUUUGUUUUCUUUUGCUCCUAAUCACUGACUCCUUUUUAUUUAAAAAAAAACAUGGGCAGUAAAUCAACUUGUUAUUUCUUUUUUACUGUUCAUAAUUUUCAAAUUGAUUGUGCAAUAAAAUUUUAUUUAUUAAUCUUGAACGAUUAGACUGUACAUUUUUACAAAGAAUCAUGUCAAGUGUUGGGAAUUCGCAAAACACGAAUAACUGCCUACCAUCCAAAAAGCAACGGAUUUUUUGAGAGAACUAUUUUGACUCUCAAAACGCUACUGAAAGUAUUUGUUAAUGAGGAGGAAGCUAGAUCGCGAGACCUAGCUGUAAACAAAUAUUUACUGGCAUAUCACGGUAGUGUUCAUACAUCUUUACAAAUAUUUCCACUUUAUAAAUUUGGCAAUACACUGAAAAUUGUCUAUUUAGUGCUGAUUGGUUCGUCUGUCCAAUGUAACUUCAUUUGAAUUUUCGUGAAUACAAUUAAUUCGAAAUAUCUUUACUAAAAAUUGUGUAGUAAUCCUUAACAAUUAUAAUCUAUGUAUAGAAAACAUUUCUGAUGAAAUAUCGAUUAUGAAAAAUAAUGUCAUUUACAUUAAUUUUCUUUUAUAUUUUAGAGCUUAGGUGUUAUUUUAUAUAUUCUUGUUUGUGGUUCAUUUCCAUUUCCCGGUGAAUCCCUUGGUGAUAUUCGUACACAAGUACUUCGUGGUCUUGUACGUUUUCCAUUUUAUUUAUCAACUUCUUGUGAACAAGUUAUACGAUGUAUGUUGCAAGUGGAUCCUGUUCGACGAUACAAAUUAAGACAGGUUACGACCACGGCAUGGAUGCAAGAGUCUCCAAAUGUGGAACAUUAUAAAUCACUUAUGAACAAAUAUCAAAAGCAAGCAAAAGAACGUCAAUUCGAAGUUUUAUUUCGUCAUCAACAUCCGGAACAUAGUAAAAUAGCUAAAGAGGAAUUUCUAGAAAGGGUUGAACGUAAACUUGAUAUUGGUGUUGUGAAAGCAUUGUCUAGAGAGGCAGGUUUAGAUGAAGAACAAAUUCGCCAGUCCACAAUUCAAAGGAAAUAUGAUCGGUAUCAUGCAGCUUAUGAAUUAUU